UAAUAAAAGUGAGUUAUUAAAAAGAACCGCCGUAAGUGAAAAAGAGCGACGGAAAAUUGUGGCAAUGUCGAACCACAGAUUCCUCUGUGGAUGGCGGUUGCGAAGAAACCAUGGCGGAUCCCCCAAAAUUAACCUGCCCCGCCCCCGCCCUCGCCCUCGCCCUCACUCACUCUCCGGCGCUGCCUGAUGGAGGAACAGGAACCCUUGGAAGCUGCUGCUGCUGCUGCUGAGGAUCCAUUUGGAGCUAUCGUUCAAUUCUGUCUUCCCACCGCAUCGCAAAUGGCCUACUUCCGCACCUGUCCCUUCCACUCCGAUUCAGACGUUUUCCAGGAUCCGGAUCCCUUCCCAGGGAGUCAGACCUCGGCCGACCGCCAAACGGAAGACAACGCUGUGUUCCACACUCCGCCGGAGCACCAUUUACAUUCCAACUUGUCGUCCUCGGAGGACCAAAAUCCCGUCGAAUUGUGUGCUGAGGUUGCGAGGGCGGUUGGUUCAUGUCGCGGCGCAGAUGGAUCGAAGGAGGUCAGUGGUUUUGACGGUGAGCCUGAGCCGAAGAAAGUUAGGGUUCCUAGAGAGGAAUUUGGCGGGAAAGCGACUCCGGUCAAGGAGAUUGUGAAUGAAGUCAGGCGAAGUGAAGCUGUUGGUGAUGAGAUUAUUGAUUUGGGAAGCGACGAUUCCGAUGAGGAAGCCAUGGCUGUGGAUAGGCGAGACACGCCGGAAGAAGCCAGGGUUAAAAACGAUGUGCGGAAAUCUAUUGGUUUGAAGAAACCGGACGCGUCCGCCAUUGAUGCUUGCGAUAAAAACCACCAGUCGAGGAGUAAGUGUGAAGAGCCUAAAGACAUCAGGGUUGACAAAAUCGAUAGGAAUUUUGUGAGCAGCGAAAUAAGCGAGAGUAUGAGCAAUAGUGAGGCUGAGGAUCAAAUUACCAAUCGUAAAUGUCCUGUCGAAGCUAAAUCCAGAGAGGUUGCUGAUGCAUCAGGGGAUGGAAAGUUGUCAAAAGAUGGCUGUGUGGAUGAAGGAAGGAGAACUGCUUUCAUGAGAAUUCAGGAUAUUGAUAUGUUCAGGUUUUCUGGUUGGGAAGAAGCAGGGAGAAAACGGAAGGGUAUCGAACGUAAUGCCUCGAUUCCUUCGAAAAGACAGCAGCGCGAAUUGCCGGCAUCUAUGAAGGAUCUUUUGCAGAAUGAGGGAAGGGCCAAUGUGGUAGGAGAGGAGCCGACAAACGAGUGGAGAAGGAUACAAAAGGAUCGGGAGGGAGGGAUUCAAUUGAAGAAUGGUGAGUUGAACGAGGGGAAGGAGACUAAUGAGGAAGGUAGCAAUGUGGCAAGAAUGGUGGAGAAGAAGAAGAAGGGUGGAUUAAUGGAGAUUUCGGGUAUACUGAAGAAAAUUGUUCGAAAUUUAAAUACUGACGGUGGAAGUGGUGGGGAGGUGGACUUUCUAGAGACGGCCAAGAAGCGUGGUGUAACGUUUCCUCGGCCACGAUGGUGGCCUCGAUCCUGGGAUUGAAGAAAGCCGACAUAUUCUGAAAGUAGUUCAAGAAAUAUGGUGUAAAUAUGGUAGAGCUAAGACUGUCUUGUUGUAGCUGAGGAGCUGCCCUGAUCGUAGCGACGCAACGCUUCCAGGUUUCUGAAAGGCCAUGGAGAUUGGAAAUGAAGCAGCAGCAGGAGGAGGGGCUAGCAGAAUGUGGAUGAAGAAGCAGAGGAGGAGAAGGGGUGUGAGUUUUUCAGCCAGGCUGCCAUGGGAUGUUUCUCAGGCCUUCCAAGAUAACUGUGUCUGUGCAGUGAAGUAUUCCAGCACUCCCUUUUCAGAAAUCAGGGAAUCCAUUGUUGAGGUGGUGCAGAAUUUAGGGAUUCAGGAUUGGAACCAAAUGGAAGAUUUGGUAUACUGCUACAUUGCUCUUAAUUCCUCAGAAAUCCAUUCUUUCAUUCAGGAGGCCUUCCUCAGCCUAUCCCCAUGCUUUCUUUGAUCUUUUUUUCUUUUUGCCAUGAAUGAUUGGGAAGGAUCUGUCCAGUUCCCACCUGUGGGACAUUGUCACCCAUCAUGUCAGUCUUGUAAGAAAAUGGUAUUAUUGAGCUGAUUUGGAGCA